AUGGACAGCCCGUCGAAACGACGAAAGAAGAACGAUUCCAAGCCCGCCGUCGUCCAACAUCGCAGCCUAGACUUCUUCUUUCGCAAACAGAGCGAGCAGCCAGAGAAGACCACCGAUCGGACUGGACAGAAUGGAGACACGGUAGCACCAGGCCAGUUGGUCCUCGACAAUGACCAAAGUACCUCUGAAAAUGCUCUCACGGACGAAGAGUUGGCUAGGAGACUGCAGGAAGAAUGGGCACGGGAGGACGGAGAAGGGUCCAGCCAACAUGUACCGUCCAACCGACCAGAAGACACCAAGCACAAGACCGAGGAGGAUGUCAAGGCCUUUGUCUCUACGGCCUUGGACCACUCUGAACCCGUCACUGAAGUUGCACAGAAUCACGCUGGCACGAAGAAAGGUGUCCUUGGUCUGCAAAGUACCGCGUCGGAGGAAGACACGAUCACUCUAUCAAUACCGUUCGAUCAAAGUCCUCUCACGUUUGACCCGUCACAAUAUGUAUCAGAGCUGAAAAGACACUGGGCAGCAGACGGAGGCGACGCUUCUUACGCUCUUCUCACCAGAUGCUUCUUUCUGGUCAACUCGACUCAGAGCCGGAUCAAGAUCGUGGACACGCUGGUCAACUGUCUGAGGGUGCUGAUUGAGGCGGACCCGGAGAGUCUUGUUCCAGCAGUAUGGCUGGCUACUAACUCUAUUUCGCCCCCGUACAUCUCGCUCGAGUUGGGGUUGGGAGGAUCGGCGAUAUCAAAAGCCUUGAAGAAGGUGUGCGGACUCGACAACGCGGGUCUGAAGAGUCUCUACGACAAACACGGCGACGCAGGCGACGUGGCAUUCGAGGCCAAGAAGAGACAGAGUUUCACUCUGCGGAAACCAAAGCCUCUCACGAUCAAGGGUGCCUACCAGACCCUCGUCAAGAUUGCCAACAGCAAAGGUCAUGGGAGCGUAGAGCAGAAACAGCGACUAGUCGAGCGGUUGCUGCAAGAUGCUCGUGGACCAGAGGAGAGCCGAUACAUUGUCAGGACUCUUGUGCAGCACUUGCGCAUCGGAGCAGUCAAGACGACGAUGCUGAUAGCCCUGGCCAGGGCUUUCCAGCUUUCCCGUCCUCCAGGCGCAGACUUCCCAGUGAGAGAUGCUACGGAACUGGCCAGACUCAAGAAAGACGAGCUCGCCAUUGUCUGGGGAAAAGCAGAGGAGGUAGUAAAGACAUGUUUCGCACGGCGACCCAACUACAACGACCUUGUCCCAGGCUUGUUGGAGGUCGGCGUUUCAGAAGAGCUGCUAUUGCGUUGCAAUCUGGCACUCCAUGUCCCUCUGCGGCCCAUGCUAGGCAGCAUCACGCGCGACCUGAGCGAGAUGCUCACCAAGCUGCAAGGACGAGACUUCAGCUGCGAAUUCAAAUACGACGGUCAGCGCGCGCAGGUCCAUUGCGACGAACGCGGGAAGGUGUCCAUCUUCUCCCGCCACCUGGAAGUCAUGACAGACAAAUACCCGGACCUGGUGGCCCUGGUGCCCGAGAUCCGCGGCGACGGAGUAUCGAGUUUCAUCCUGGAGGGAGAAGUCGUCGCGGUUGACAGGAACUCUGGCGAACUGAAGACAUUCCAAACACUCACCAACCGGGCCAAAAAGGACGUGGAUAUCGACUCCAUCCAGAUCGACGUGUGCUUGUUCGCAUUUGACCUCAUGUACCUGAAUGGCGAACCACUACUGGACCGACCAUUCCGUGAGCGCCGAGCUCUUCUCCGAAGCAUGUUCGUGGAAAAGGAACAUCACUUCACCUGGGUGCGAAGCAUCGACGCGACGUCUGCAGAUUCGGAGACUGUGCUCGAGUUCUUCAAAUCGGCAACAGACAUCAAGUGUGAAGGCAUCAUGGUCAAGGUCCUAGACAACCUUGCGAACCCAGACCUUGGUGUCCCAGCCGGCAGCGAGGCGGAAGGUGAUGAUACUACAAACAAUACCUCCGUCACCACCACCAUGCCUAUCACCCCAAGCAAAAAGGGGAAGAAAUCCAGCACCAACAACAUCAACAACAAGAAGACGCAACUGGACAAAGAGCAAGAGAAAGAGAAAGGCACCCGCCGAAAAGCACUUCUCGCGACCUACGAGCCAGACAAGCGUCUCGACUCCUGGCUCAAAGUGAAAAAGGACUACGCCACCUCGGCCGACACGAUCGAUCUGAUCCCCGUCGCCGGCUGGCACGGCUCAGGCCGCAAAGCGAAAUGGUGGUCGCCCAUCCUCCUGGCCUGCCGCAACCCAGAGACCGGAUCUCUCGAAGUCGUGACGAAAUGCAUCUCGGGCUUCACCGACAAAUUCUACCAAGCCAACAAGGACAAAUACGCCGAGGGCGGCGACAACGUGCUGGGCUCGAGACCGAGUUAUAUCGAGUACAGUGGUCCCGAGCCGGACGUGUGGUUCGAGCCUCAAGAGGUGUGGGAGAUGGCAUUUGCAGAUAUCACGCUCAGCCCGACGUAUACGGCUGCGAUCGGGCUGGUCAAUGAGGAUCGAGGGUUGAGUAUGCGCUUCCCUCGCUUCUUGAAGGUGAGGGACGAUAAGGGGAUCGAGGAGGCGAGUACGAAUGAGUUUCUGGCUGCGCUGUAUCGGAAGCAGGAGGCUAGAAUCAAAGAGACCGGACAGGUCGUUCAGACUACAGGGGCUGCUGCCGUUGUCGAAGGAGAUGCACUUGGCCCGGCUGACGAGGAUGAGGAUCACGACGACGAUCUUGAUGAGUAG